AUGAUAAUGACAAACCAAACUGUCAUCUCUUCCUUCAUCCUCCGGGGUCUGCCCAUCCUCCCAGAGCAUCAGCCGCUGUUCUAUGCCCUGCUCCUGGCCAUGUACCUCACCACCAUCAUGGGGAACCUCAUCAUCAUCAUCCUCAUUAUACUGGACUCCCAUCUCCACACACCCAUGUACUUCUUCCUCAGUAAUUUGUCCUUUUCUGACUUCUGUUUUGCCUCUGUCACAACGCCAAAGUUAUUGAAGAACAUGCAGAUCAAAGUUCCAUCCAUCCCGUAUGUAGGUUGUCUGACACAAAUGUACUUUUACAUAGUUUUUGGAAACAUGGAAAACUUCCUUCUUAUGGUCAUGGCCUAUGACCGCUAUGUGGCCAUCUGCUUUCCCCUUCAUUACACCAGCAUCAUGAGCCUAAAGCUCUGUAUGUGUGUGGUAACAAUGUCCUGGGUAUUUAAUAUAUUGUAUGCCAUGCUGCACACCCUUCUCUUGGCUAGAUUGUCUUUCUGUGAGGACAACAUGAUCCCCCAGUUUUUCUGUGACUUAUCUGCCCUGAUCAAGUUGUCCUGCUCUGACAUUUUUAUUAAUGAACUAAUGAUAUUUGUCUUGGGAGGGCCCAUUAUUGUCAUCCCAUUCUUACUCAUCCUUGUGUCCUAUGUGCAAAUUGUCUGCUCCACCCUAAAGGUUUCAUCUGCUCGGGUUAUCCACAAGGUCUUCUCUACCUGUGGCUCCCACCUGUCUGUGGUCUCACUGUUCUAUGGGACAAUUAUUGGUGUCUACCUAUGUCCUUCAGCUAACAACUCUACUGUAAAAGAGACUGUGAUAGCCAUGAUGUACACUGUAGUGACUCCCAUGCUGAACCCUUUCAUCUACAGCCUGAGGAACAGAGACAUAAAAGAGGCCCUGCUAAGAGUCCUUUGCAAGAAGAAAAUCUGCCUAUAA